UUCGGCAGUGGCACACGCGGCAAACGCGGCACAGGCGCGCGCGCAUUGGCCGCGUGCUUCUAUCUUUUCUUGACUCUCUCGCGGGACCGAAAAGCCCGCAGCUGAGCUCGCGUCCUAAUCAGUGACAGCUGGAAAUGGAAAGCAGCGACGGAGGAGCCGUGGAACCGUGUCAGGCAGAUAUGAAACGCCCCAAAAGCCCUGACCUGCUGGACAGCAGCCCUCCCCACAAGACUCAGGAGGUGAAGGAGGCGGAGGAGGAGGAGGAGGAGGAAGAGAAUGGGGACGAGGAUGGAAGGAAAGUGGGGACCGGGUACAGAGCCAAGCGGGAGCGACGUCACAGCACCGCCAGCGCCACCAUGUGCCAGAUUUGCAACAUACAGCUCAACUCCAGUGCUCAGGCCCAGAUUCACUACAGAGGGAAGACACACCAGAGGAGGCUGCGGCGACUUGCAAAGGCCGUCAGUGCAGGUGCACUGUCCCAGGGUCAAGUCCACCCGCUCCUGGGAUCCCUGCCUCUGCCGGGUCGACCCCUCCCGUCACCGAGUCACACCCAGCUGGAGCACUUCCUGCCGCUCAGGGUCAACGGCUCGUCACCGCUCAGCCUCUUCCCCAACUUCAACACGAUGGACCCGGUGCAGAAGGCAGUGAUCAACCACACCUUUGGAGUGGCCCCGCCCAAGAAGAAACCCAUCAUCUCCUGUAAUAUCUGUCACCUGCGCUUCAAUUCCACUAACCAGGCAGAGGCGCACUACAAAGGUCACAAGCACACUCGCAAGCUAAAAGCCCUGGAGACCCAGAGGAACCGGCACAGAAAUGGACACAGUGCGUCCACUGCAGCAAAAGACAGAGAGAAGAGGUUGAUGGGAGGAGCAAUGGUGCCCUCAUCAGACAAACAAGGCCAGAGUGCCUCCUCUCAGCCUGCACAGCAGCUGCAAACUGAAACCAUCCAGGGCAGUUCACUGGUAGCCACCAACUCUUCACAGCCUUCACCUAUCGAUUCCUCGCUCUGCUCUCCUCAGUUGUCCCCACAGGUCUGCCAUGGCUCUCAGGGUUGUGAUAAAGCCUCAGAGAGUUCACCUGUGGACGGCUGCAGCCUGGCCACCAGUUCAGGCACACCCUGUGACGUUCAGGGAGGCUCUGGCCUUCAGGGAGGCUCUGGGCUUCAGGGAGGCUCUGACCUACAGGGAGGCUCCGGUCUUCAGGGAGGCUCUGGUCUUCAGGGAGGCUCUGACCUACAGGGAGGUUCCACAGGAGGCGAGGAGGUGGUGGUCAAGGCAGAGGAGGUGGUCACGGCAGAGGAGGCUAAUGGCAACAAAAAACCUCAGCUCCACUGUUGUACCUGCAAAGUGACGGUCAAUUCCAGCUCCCAGUUGGAGGCUCAUUGUAGCGGAAUUAAGCACAAACAGAUGCUAAACGGUCACAACAGCAGCCAAUCACAGCGCAGGCUCAAGACCACGUCAUCGCCCAGACCCGCCUGCCGCAUAAAGCAGCGAAUGGCCAGCAAGACCCGAGCGGUUGUUCAGCGUGUGACCAGCCAGCCAUUCCACUGUGAGCUGUGCCAGGUGUCUGUCAACUCAGAGACACAGCUGAAGCAGCACAUGAACAGCAGGAGACACAAAGAGCGUUUGGCUGGGAAGCCUGUCAAGGCAAAGUUCACCCCCUAUAAUAAACUACAGACUAGUGCUGUCUUAGCGACUAAACUGGCUCUGCAGAAGCAGCUGUCUAAGACCCUGCCAGCAGGUUUCCUGACAAGCCCCCUCAGUUCGGCCGCCUUGUGCACCAUGGCACCCGGACCUUUAGCACUGAGGCUGCCGCCCGGUCCCACUGCCAUCAUACAGGGUCCCCUGAUCAGCCCCACGCUCUUCAGGCCCGCACCGGGACCUUUGAGGGCCACACACACACCCAUCCUCUUCUCUCCUUACUAGCAAUGAGCCAAACUUUGCUGGAGGACCGACAAAGCAGGGGGAGAAUCCACGGUGUGAACAGGACACUACGCAGCAACAGCAAGUGCACAUGUCACCAUGUUCAACUGGGCAGGUCCAAGUCAUGAGGAGAGUAUGCACAAUCCCCAGGUGCAGGUCCAGAUAUCAGCGCUAACUGACCAGCGUUACCUCUUUAAGACAGAGGGACCAUCACUCGGCUGUUUCCCUUUCAACAAACUGCUGAAUGCAUGUUCACUGCGGUCAGGGGAACAUGGAAGCCAUAACAACAGACAUCUUUUACUUUUAUUUGUAAUACUUAUCAUAGACAAUUACAUUAUAAAAGGGGGUGUAAAAUGUUAGUGAGUAUUUAUUGCCAAAUGUUUUGUCAGGAGAACAAGUACAGUACUUAAUCCUGGUUUCAUAAACAAAUCAAGAUGAAGAAAAUUCAGAUUUUAUUACUCUCUCAUUUUAAUUUACUUCACCCAUGAGAUGACAAAGGACAGAGUGCCUUUGGAUUCUGUAUCUCAUCAAAUUAAGAGACAUUAUCUCUUAAUUUGGAUGCUUUUUAUUGUAUUAUUUAUGUAUUUAAUUAUGUAUUUAUUUAUUUAUUCAUUCUUUUAUUUAUUUGUAUUGUCUUUCCCUCUUGCUCUCUGUGUUAUGAGAUGACAAUCAACCACCACAAUGAUGAUGACGAUGCCAAGUCUACUUGCUAUAUGUGAAAAAAAACAAGACCACACCUGAUGCACACAAUGAGAUGGUUACAUUUAAAGAUACAGAGUUUGACGUUGAUCAUGUCCGACAUGUCAUGCUGUUACCACAAGCUCUUCAGGCGAUGGUUGGACGAAUACGACUCUGCAACAGCUUGAUGCUGUUUGUGCAAUAUGAAGAGUUUAGCCAAAUCUGUUUGACAAUAUUAAAUGUUUUUGUUUUUUUGUGUAGAGCUGUAUUUAUUUAAAAAAGAAACUGUCAUUUCAUUUUAGAAUUCUCUCUCUCUUACUUGACUGUGCUGAAUCAUCCUAAGCAAUAUGUAUUUUUAAAGUGUCCCCUUACUUGUAUAAAAUACUGACUAGUGUAAAUGCAUCAAUUGCAAUAAUGUAAAUUAUUAUGUGUUAAAAAAAUGUCAAUACUGUAUUCUAUAUAAAGUUAUGAAUAGUA